AUGACGAAUAAGAGACGAGGACAGCCCGCUGAGCAGCGAGCACCCCCGAGCAAGCGCAAGUCUGGGAGCAAAUCUCAGGAGGACGAGACGGUCCAGGGCGAGCUUUCUGAGGCCUUGACCGAGGCCCUGAAUCAGUUCGAUGAACUCUGGGCUCGGCACGAAGACUGUGUUGAGAUCCUUCAGUCCGAAUUCCCGGAUCGUGUCGCAAGGGAAGGCUGGGCCAUGAAACUGCACUUCUGGUUUCCACCCAACGAAGACAAGGCCGAGAAGUACCUCACCUCGGCCUGGAACCACGACCACGGGCUGGUUUGGCUACGGCCUUAUCACUGGUCCUGGGAGAGACAGGCCGGUAACAAGGGCACGGUGACCAAGGACGCUUUUCGGGUGCUGAUGCGAAGCAUUUUGACAAGAGGUUUCCUGACCGACCCCAUGGAGGCCGGAAUUGAAAUUCCGGUGGUGCGCCCGCCCCGCUCUGAGUCUGAGUUGGACGACACGGACAAAGAGUCAGAGCCACCGAUCCUGGUGGAGCCCAAUCUGGCGGCGGCGUACUCCGUGCACGAGAUCAAGGGCUGGACCCGCGCAGUGGCCAUGCACUUGACGUUGCUGUGCGUCGAAAAGGCUGGGGUAAUGGACGCUUUCCUCGAGGACAAGAUGAAGCAACAGACCUUUGCGACCCAGCAGGGCAACUACAUGUACCUUUCAGAUAUCACCAUGCGCAGCGUCCUGACGCGCUUGAAACCGAAUGCGUUCACGUACCUACACCAGCUACAAAAAAAAAUGCGCAUUUGGCGAUCGGAAGCACGGGAGCAGAUGGUGGCAUUCGGUUCUUGCGUCGCGGAGUUUCAGUUGACCAAAGCCGAGAUUGACGCUGUGGAGAACUUGUUGAUGUACUUGCCCUCAAAAGCAGUUUACAGACUCAACAAGGUCGCGUCUUCCUACGGAAUGUACAAAGGUCCGAUUACCCACGCCGGCUUGGCAAGCAAGGCUCUGAGACUGGGUUUCAGUCCAAAGGUGGAGGUCGACUUCUACAUGGAGAAGAUGAUGAACACCGAGGAGACGGUCCACUUGGUCAUUGACCGGAUUAUUCACGACUACAAGAACUCUCCGGCGGGCAUGCGCAGCAGCGCCGGGGAUGAGACGGUUCAGAACCUGCAGAAGAUCUGCAGGAUGUUCCUGCUACAUGUUCAGCAGCUGUCCUCACAGCUUCCCGAGUCGGUCUUCACGAGCGAAAUCAACGGUCUACGUGAGGCAUUCUUUGCUGGCUGUUUCGAUGACCACCUGCUGGACUGA